CUCGCUUUUCAAGGUCGCCCACCAGGGUGACAGCGUGGGAAACCGCUUGAAGGAGGUUCAAGAAGGUGUUAACGACUUGGCCAGUUUCGGUAAAAUGGUCGAACUGUCCAGUUUCCUGCCUUUCGAGUAUGUGGUUCAAUUUUUCCCAUAGGGGCACUUUCCCGCAGGAUUCUGACAACUUCCAGGAACAACAAGCAGGCCCUCAGUGAAAUCAACGAUGUCUCCGAGGGUGUCGCUUCGGACACUCUGAUCUCUUUCCUCGAAUUGAACUUGCCUAAGCCCAACAAGAAGAAGAAGGUUGUUCUGGGUCUGGCCGACAAGGCCUUGGCUGGAAGCAUCAAGUCUGCCUUCUCUUUCGUUGACUGCGAGACUGGAGACACCAGCGAAGUCGUCCAGGAUAUGCUUCGUGGUGUCAGACUGCACGCCACCAAGCUGCUGAAGCAGCUGCGUGAGGGUGAUAUGGACACCGCCCAGCUUGGUCUUGGUCACGCUUACUCUCGCGCCAAGGUUAAGUUCUCCGUCCAGCGCGAUGACAACCACAUCAUCCAGGCCAUUGCUAUCCUCGACCAGCUCGACAAGGCUAUCAACACUUUCUCCAUGAGAGUCAGGGAAUGGUACUCCUGGCACUUCCCCGAACUCUACAAGAUCGUCUCCGACAACCAGCGCUACGCCCAGAUUGCCUUGUUCGUUCAGGACAAGAAGAGCUUGAACGACGAGAAGUUGCACGACAUUGCUGCCCUUGUGGAGGACGAUGAGGGUGUCGCCCAGAGCAUCAUCGACGCUGCUAAGCACAGCAUGGGUCAGGAGAUUUCCGAGACCGACAUGGAGAACGUUAUCUCUUUCGCCCAGCGCGUUGUCAGCCUGUCCAAGUACCGCAAGUCUCUCCACCAGUACCUGAUUUCCAAGAUGAGCGUUGUCGCCCCCAACCUUGCUGCCCUUAUUGGUGAGAUCGUUGGUGCUCGUUUGAUCUCCCACGCCGGUAGCUUGACCAACCUGUCCAAGUACCCCGCUUCUACGGUUCAGAUUCUCGGUGCUGAGAAGGCCCUUUUCAGAGCCCUGAAGACCAAGGGCAACACCCCCAAGUACGGUCUUCUGUACCACUCCUCUUUCAUUGGAAGAGCUGGCCCCAAGAACAAGGGUCGCAUCUCGCGUUUCCUUGCCAACAAGUGCUCCAUCGCCUCCAGAAUUGACAACUUCUCCGAGGAGCCCUCCACCAAGUUCGGUGAGGCCCUUAAGAAGCAGGUCGAGGAGCGUCUGGACUUCUACGCCACUGGUGCUGCUCCUACCAAGAACGAAGUCGCCAUGAAAAACGCCAUGGAUGCUGUCCUUGCUGAUAUGGACAUUGACGGCGCUGAGAGCGAUGCCGAGAUGCAGGACGCUGAUGAGAAGGCCGAAAAGAAGGACAAGAAGGAGAAGAAGGAAAAGAAGGACAAGAAGGAAAAGAAGGAGAAGAAGGAGAAGGGCGAGAAGGAGGAGAAGAAGAAGAAGCGCAAGUCUGACGUUGGCGAGGGCGAGUCCGAGAAGAAGAAGCGGAAGCACGACAGCGAUGCUGAGCCGUCCAAAAAGAAGAAGAAGGUUUAA